GUGGUUAAUGAGAUCUACCCGGUCUGGACCUACUCGUACCUGGUGCUGCUGUUCCCGGUCUUCCUGCUGACGGACUUCCUGUGCUAUAAGCCGGUUCUGGUCCUGCAGGCCUGCAGUCUUCUGGUGACCUACGUGAUGCUGUGGCAGGCGCGGGGCCUGCAGGCCAUGCAGCUGCUGGAGUUCUUCUUCGGUGUGGCCACGGCCUCGGAGGUGGCCUACUACUCCUACAUCUACAGCGUGGUGGAGCCGGCCCAGUACCAGAGGGUGACCGGGUACUGCCGGGGCGUCACCCUGCUGGGCUCGGCGGUGGGCUCUCUGAUUGGUCAGCUGCUGGUGUCCGUGGCAGAGGCCCCACUGCUCACCCUCGUCAUCAUCACCGUGGCGUCGGCCACCGUGGCCUUCGUGGCUCCCUGGUUCCUGCCCACGCCCAGGAGGAGUCUGUUCUUCCACAGGAGUUCAGGACCGGCCGAGGACCUGGCGUCCAGCGGGUCCAGCACCUCCCCAGCCCGUCAGGGGGAGGAGUCAGAGAGCACGUCCAUGGUCUCCAGGUCCUCUGUGACAGCAGGAGGCAGCAGAGGACUCAGGGAGGUGCUUCAGGUCCUGUUGGAGGACUUCCUGCAGUGCUACAGGUCUCGGCUCCUGCUGGCCUGGUCCGUGUGGUGGGCCCUGGCCACCUGCGGGUACUUCCUGGUCCUGAACUACGCCCAGGCCCUGUGGGAGACCAUCCACCCGUCCAGAGAAGGCCUGACGCUCUACAACGGCUACGUGGAGACCCUGGCCACGCUGCUGGGAGCUCUGGCAGCCUUUCUGGUGGGCUACCUGCCCCUGUCCUGGUCUGUGUGGGGGGAGCUGGUCCUGUGUGUGCUGUCCCUGCUCAUGGCCGUGUGUGUGCUGGUCAUGGACCUGCUGAAGGACAUCUGGGUCUGCUACGGACUCUACGUCCUCUUCAGGACCACCUACAUGCUGCUCAUCACCAUGGCUACGUUCCAGAUCGCAGCCAGUCUCAGCAUGCAGCGCUACGCUCUGGUGUUUGGGGUCAACACCUURGUGGCUCUGCUCCUGCAGACCCUGCUCACUGUCAUCGUGGUGGACUCUGCAGGACUUGGACUGGAUGUCUACACCCAGUUCCUGGUCUACGGGGCCUACUUCUCUGUCAUCUCUGUGGUCUUCCUCCUGGCCGGACUCUGCAGACUGACGUCCAUCAGGAGGUCCAAGCAGGACCAGGCUGGUGUUCCUGCAGAACCCUGCRACGGUCCAACAGGUCCAUGUAGAAACACUUGAGUGGUUUGGACAUCCUGGACACCUGGCAAGAAGUCCAUCAGGACCAGGUUUAGUUAGUCCUAGCAGGAGUCCGACUCUGGUCUCCUGGACUCUGAGCACUUAUUUCUCUGAUGUUACCACCAAACAASUGGACAGUUCCUCAAGAGGGGCUGGACCAACAGGACUAAUCUGCUUUUUGUUGUUUGGGUCUAAAAUCAAAAGAUGACAAGACUUCCUGGUUUUUACCUUUAGA